GAGGGCAAGCGGCACCAUACCUAAGAAGAUGAGUAUAAAUACCCCUUUGAGGUAGCCGACCAUGUACUGCUCACUCUAAUAACGAAUUCCAAGUGAGAGAGUUCGCCAGCUACGUUUAUUCAAUGUAAAUAAGAUUUCCAAAGAAGAACGGUGAAAAGAUGAAGAAGUAGAGGCGAAUCAGCUUGUAUUGAUGCUGGCGCUCCUUAACUAGAAGAGUUGUUCAAUAACCAGUGCGUUUAUUCACUGUAACACAGAACAGAGAGCUCUGGUUCCCACACUCCUCCACCAUUCAACGCCACAGUUUUGAGAAACAGAGGAGAGAUGAUAACAGAGCAGGCAAGGAAGAUGCAAGUUAUAGUACGGGAAUACGAAGCAGAGAAAGACCUCGCCGGCGCAGAGGCGGUGGAGCUGUCUUGCGAGGUAGGCCAGAGCGGCGCCGUUUCCAUUUUCACCGACCUCCUCGGCGACCCCACUUGCCGUGUCCGCCAUUCCCCAGCUUUUCUUAUGUUGGUCGCCGAAACUGUCGGGCCUAAGAAAGAGAUUGUGGGCCUCAUUCGCGGCUGCGUCAAAACCAUCACUUGCGGCAAGAGAGCACCCCGUCCUGCGGCCGCCGCCGCCGCCGCCGUCGCCAUAUACACCAAAGCCGCCUGCAUCGUCGGCCUGCGCGUCUCCCCUCGCUACCGCCGCAUGGGGGUCGGUUUGCAGCUCGUGCAGCAAAUGGAGGACUGGUUCCGUUCCCAUGGAGCCGAGUAUGCGUAUAUGGCGACCGAUAAAGACAACGAGGCUUCCCUCAGCCUAUUCACCGGCCGCUGCGGCUACACCAAGUUCCGCACCCCAAGCUUGCUCGUACAGCCAGUAUUCGCCGGCCACCGCCUCCCCCUCCGCCGUACUGCUAUCGUCAUCCACCUCUCCCCCGCCGAUGCUGAAACCCUCUACCGCCGCCGCUUGUCUACCGUUGAAUUCUUCCCCCGCGACAUAGACUCCAUCCUUCGCAACCCCCUUUCCCUCGGAACCUUCCUUGCUCUCCCCUCCGGCUACAGUUGGGCCAACCUCGACAGCUUCCUCGCUAAACCGCCGGAUUCAUGGGCGGUCCUCAGUAUCUGGGACACCAAAUCCCUGUUCCGUUUGGAGGUGCGCGGCGUGUCGUUACUGCGGCGGGUGCUCGCAUGGACAACCCGUGUCUUAGACCGCUCGGUUCCCUGGCUUCGCAUUCCAUCGUUCCCCAACAUCUUUCGGCCAUUUGGGGGUUAUUUUUUGUACGGUCUCGGCGGCGAGGGGCCUUCUUCGGCGUCUCUUAUGCGCGUGCUCUGCAGUCACGCACACAAUAUGGCGCGUGCCGGAGGUUGCGGGAUUGUUGCCACGGAGGUGACGGCGUGCGAGCCUUUUAUGCCGGGAAUACCAUAUUGGCAGAGGUUAUCCAUUGAUAAAGAUUUCUGGUGUAUCAAGCGCUUGGCUGAGGAUUAUAGUGACGGAGCUGUUGGUGAUUGGACCCGCUCGGCUCCGGCGAGCUCAAUUUUCGUAGACCCCCGUGAGGUCUGAUUCGACCCGAUUAUUUUCAUGUGGUUUGUAUGUGUGAAUUGAUAGUAUUCAUCUCAAUAUUACCUCAAUAUCUAUCAAUUUGCAUCUAAACUAGACCUAGCUGAUCAACACGGAACAUUUUUACUAUUUUGGGCUAGUUCAACCAAGCCAGGGCUUUGGUGUCUCAUUCUAAUA